AUUUCUAUUUCCGUGACGCGCUCCGUCGACUACAGCGAGCGAUCGGCUGUUCGCUUCUCCGAUCCACGUCCCAGUAGUGUAAACAUGCCGCGAGCCUGUGUCGUGCGCGCCCGUCUCUCGAUCUAGAAAGUCGCUCGCGAAAAUGACGGAUCCGCGAUUUUUAGUUUUCCUUCCGCCCGUCCAAAUACCAGUUUUGUACCUUGUCAAUUCUCGCGGAUGGUCUCAUAAUUCUAGCAGCGCUGUCCACGCUGAUUCGUGCGCAUUCGUCGUGUCUUGAAGUUUUUACCGAGGAGUUACGAGCCGUUUCGAUUCGGGUUGACGAAUUUGGUUUUCGAAAUGAGCGGCAGUCGUAUUGUAACGACGUUCACGUCGACCGACUCGAUCGUCAAGAACGAGGAAACGUCCGACGAGCUGAUCAACCCCUUCGUCCAUCAUCUGGAGUUGACGUCAACUUACGAAAAAGUUAAGACGGGGUUUUUCACUGUGGUGGUCCUUCCCAUAAGGCUUUUCUUCAUUUCUUGUUUAAUGAUUGCUGUCUGGGUACUGGCGUGUAUUGGUCUCUACGGCCUCAGCGAAGAGGAAUUAAGACAGAAGCCGAUCUCGGGCUGGAGAAGUAAACUGAAGUCGGUGGCAAGUUUUGUGAUUCGGCUUUUGUUCUUCGCUUGCGGCUUUCAUUACGUGAAGGUAAAGGGUGCGCAGGCAAAGGCUGAAGAGGCUCCAAUUUUAGCUGUUGCUCCACACUCGUCUUUCUUUGAUGCUCUUCCAGUCAUUAUUCUUGGAUCUCCUAGUGUUGUCGCUAGAGCAGAAAACGGCAACAUGCCCUUCUUUGGCAAAUUAAUAAACUACACACAACCUGUUUAUGUCUGGAGGGAUGAUCCCAAUUCAAGGCAGAAAACCAUCCAAGAAAUUAUCAACAGAGCAAAAUCUGAUCUAGAUUGGCCACAGAUGUUAAUUUUUCCAGAAGGCACAUGCACUAAUCGGUCCUGUCUGAUAACAUUCAAACCUGGAGCUUUCUAUCCUGGAGUUCCAGUUCAGCCAGUCCUUUUACGGUACCCAAACAAACUGGACACUGUAACAUGGACUUGGGAUGGACCUGGAGCGUUGAAGUUGUUGUGGCUUACAUUAACGCAGUCACACAGUAGCUGUGAAAUAGAAUUUCUCCCGGUUUACAAGCCAAGUGAAGCGGAGAAAGCAGAUCCGAAAUUAUAUGCUCACAAUGUUAGACUGCUCAUGGCAAAUGCCCUGGGAGUUCCUACAACUAAUUAUACUUACGAAGACUGUCUCCUAUCUUCUAAGGCCAAAGAAAUGAAUAUUCCAGUCUCAUCAAUCAUCAUUCAAACUCACAAACUGAGAAGUCGUCUUGGGUUAGUGCGGCGGCACACGGAGGAGCGACUUCUUCAGGAAAAUCCCGAUUGGUUGACAUCGCCUGAAGUACAAAAUGUCACGUGUGAUAAAUUUUCUGCACUUUUAAAUGUUCCAGAUUAUGAUGUACACUUGUCACAAUUAUUCAAAUUGUUCCUGCAGGAGACGAAUCCCUCGAAUGUGAUAGAUUUUAGGGAAUAUAUGUUGUGUGUGUGUAUUGCAUCUGAAGCAAAACAAGGCACCAAUCUCAUAAAAUUAGCCUUUAAGCUCUGUGGGAGGACAAUCAAUAGCUCUCAGUUUGUAUGUAUUAUGAAUGUUUUACUGUGUUUAAAGGCUGAUGAAGUAUUGCAACUGUUUGACGACAUCAGUGGAGGUUCACAGUCCACUAUAUCAUAUGGAGAUUUCAAAGGAUUUGUGAAGGACAACCCAGACUUACUUAGCAAAUGUGGAAAUCUUUUAAAUGAUGAUAAUUAUUCUCUGAUCAACAAUAACUUGCAUCAUCUCAAGGAAAAUUGAGUUUGACAAAACCUGUGUUGAUGUGAUUUCAUAAGUUCUCAUCUAGGUAAUUGCUCAUCAUGUACAUAGUCUGAGAAAUAGAAGAACUCUUCAAUCCUAUUAGUUAUUCAUUUCUUCAGUAUUUUUCCUGUUGAUUCCUAUUGUUAUUUUCCAUUGGUGCUCCUGAAUAUUUGUUCGUGUAGUUUUCUUUAGUGUGUAAUUAUUGUUGGACUCAACCUUGAAUGUCCUCCUCUCCAUUUCAUGAUUGAAAGUUUAAGCCCAUGUUAAACAUUCAAAAUUUUGGGGCUUUCAGCCUCAAAACUAUUUAUUUUUAGUAAAAUGUGUGAUCAAAGAUUCUAA